AAAUCGCGUCUGCAGAUUUCAAAUACAACACAGUAUAGAUAGAAUGAAGUUAUCGCCUUCCCGUUUUUAGUAUCAGGGUCAACAUAGUUUGGGAAAGAAGACUACAAAUACCAAAUAAAGUUGUUACGUGUGGAUGAUUGAGAUUACAGCAGAGGGAUUAAAGCUUUUUUGAGGGAUCCAUGACUUUCAGCUGGUUUUCGGGCUGCCCAACCCCUGGUGAAUUUUUUCCGCACCUGCGACCACAGUAGCUCGACGGGGAAGGUUUUUCUCUUUAAAUUGAUCUCUCGAGCGAGUGGCUGGGAUUUUUUUCAGAGGAGAUAUGCGUUUUUGGCGUUUUGAGGCGCUUGUAGGCGUUUCGAGGUAUUUUUAAGCGUUUUAGGCGUUCUUGGGUAUUUUCAGGCGUUUUAAGACAUUUUUAGGUCUUUUAAGACAUUUUAACAGGUGGCAAGUGCAUUAGCCGUCCGCAUCCUCCACCGAGGACAGCACAGAACGCAGUUGCGCCACCCUGCCCGUGAGCAAUCUCCCAAUUCAUUUCUGUGCUCUUCUUUGUUCGAUUAAAGUAAACAGAACUGAAGUUGGCAACAUUGGGCAAACCUGACCGGUUUGUGAUUUUGAAAGUAUGUUGUAAUCAACGAAUGUAAAUUUGUGGGUCAUUUGGGCAUCUAUUUUUUGGAAAUUGUUAUAAGAGCUUAAUCGUGGAGACAAAAUGAAGUGGAUUUCUCACCAAAUCUUACUGCCAGUUCUUAUUGGUUUUUCAUUAACAGGAAUUGGGGCAACAUUGUUAUAUCUGUUAUUUAAGAAAGAUAAUGAUGAUGAAAUCAAUUCAAGGAAGACAACUGUGGAAACAUCUCAACAGAAUGUAUUUCAAAUGAAAAUCCCACGACAGUUCGUUCCAUUAAUCAUUGGACGAGCCGGAAUGAUGGUUAAACAGCUUCAAUCAAGCACAGAUACCGACAUUAGCUUUGAAUCAGAUAACAUUGAAAACGCAGAACGUAUUUGUUUUAUAAAAGGAAAGCCCGAAAGUAUCCGAUUAGCGGAGGCUAUGAUAAAGAAUCUAAUAGCCACUCAACCCGUAGUCGAAACUUAUGAUACAUUUGUACCUCAGUUUACAUGCAGUAAAAUAAUAGGAACAGGGGGGGAAUCUAUUAAACAAAUACAAAAUUCUUCCAAUGCAAAAAUUAUCAUAGAUCACAGUAACUACUCUAAUGACCUCAAUGCUAAAACGAAAAUAACAAUAAAAGGCACUGCAGAGCAAAUAGCAGCUGCUUUAUCCCAAAUAGAAAAUAAAGUUCACGAUGCAAAGAUGAUUCGAGAAAAAUUGGAAGCUAGCCAUGCUCUCAGAUCACCCCGUGGAAAAGUAUCUCCCCGCAACACAUCUGUAUCUGUAUCUGAUAAUACGUUACGAUCCAAUGAAUUACUAACGCAAGCUUAUGACAGCCGGAUGGAAGUUUAUGUCAGUGCUGCAAAUAACCCAAGUCAAUUCUGGGUUCAAGUCGUAGGGCCUGGGACAGUAGCACUUGACGAUCUGGUUACUGAAAUGACACUUUACUAUGAAGACAAAAAAAAUAGGGAGUUACAUUGUUUGUCUGAUGUUAGUUUUUCAGUUAUAUUCCAUUAUAAUACUCGGGUACUAUGGAAUAUGUACCUUCUGAUUUUCUUUUUUUCUUGGUUGAAGGUAACAGUUGGCCAAAUUAUAGCCGCCAAAUUCAGUUUCGACAAACGAUGGUAUCGAGCAGAAAUUAUUUCAAUAAAUGAAGAGGGCAUGUAUGGCAUAUACUUCAUUGAUUAUGGUGAUGAUGAUGUGAAAACAGCUGACGAUUUGUUUGAACUGCGUACUGAUUUCUUGAGCUUGCGAUUGCAAGCUGUGGAGUGCUCCCUGGCUAACAUUAAACCACGAGGUGGAGAAUGGACGUUGGAUGCAUGCAAUAAAUUCUAUGACCUUACUUGGGCAGCUCAAUGGAAAGUCUUAAUUGCCAAAGUUAGAGGAUAUAAAGAGCGACUUCUUGGCCAAGGCAGAUCACGUCGUGAAGGCUCUCCCAUACCUUGUAUUGAACUUUACGACAAGAUCGACGACAAGGAAAUUAAUAUAGGCAAGGAGUUAAUACACGAAGGCUUCGCCGAUCCGGACGAGGGUUCUCGGUCAGCCGCCAGUUCGACAAUGUCUAUAUCAAAGAAAAACCACGAUGUCACUGGACCAUCCACGCCAUCUUCCACCCCUCCCUUAUCAGUACGAGCCGUCAGCCCUGAAGUGUCUGCAACUUCAACCCCCAACUCUUCUAAUUUGUCGGCAAAUGCCUCAUUAACAUCCAAGCCAGUUCCGGUAAUCGACAUAACGACCCCGAAGAAACCAACCAGUGAUCACGUCGAAGAAAUUGAUCUGGUGACACCGGUACGAGAGCAGACGAACCGCUUCAUUGAAUCCGAAAAGAGAUCAGUAAAUGAAAACGGAAGUGAGGGUUAUAUGUACGACGGAAAUUCAGCGAAACAGAAAAGGGACCUUCGACUGAGUAAAGGCGUAACAAUGGCACCGGCAGGAUACGAAAGCGAUCUUUCUGGGGAUUCGGAUGAAUUAGAGAUGUUCUAAAUUCAAGGAAAAAGGAUGCGUUACGAGCACAAUGAAAAAGAAAAAGAAAAAGAUACAGAAUCAAACGGUUGGUUAAAGCUGGGCUAUGAUGCGAGUUGUCACAGAUGGAUAUAUUUUUGUAGUAGAAUGUAGGAUUAUUCGGUAACUAUUGAUGUUGAGCCAUGAAGGGGUUUUUGUUUUCUACCUUCAUUUCCUGCUUUCCUCGAAGGAAACUGAAGGAAAUGAAAGCUGUUAUUUUAUUGCUGCUACUGUGGUUGUAUUUCCCGGCGGAUCGAUUUUUCCCGGGAAGCUUUUUACCCGCCAAUAUGUUAUUAAUUCGUCUGGAAGAUAUCAGCCGUACUCUAACAAUUAGUUAUCUGAUAUUUUGUCUACUUCUUAAGCAUUUAUUAGACUACUGUUCUAAGGCACGAUCGCCGGAUUGGUGUGAGAAAUUCAAACGAAAUCGGUCCCUGACUUUGAAAGUAUUUUCAUUUUCAUUUUCUUCCAUUAAAUGGAUUCUCAGUCCCUGAGAUUAAAGUCUAACGUUAAUUGCCGGAGUGCGCAAUGCCGAGUUUGUUCCCCGUUAUGCCAAUCUCUUCCAGUACGAUGAUUUUGAAAGGGAACAGGGAGCGUUGCUUCGCGUCGUGCUCGUGGGUAAUUUGUCCUAACUUCUUAUUUUUCUUCGUUUUAUGGAUAUGUACUUUAACAACGGCGACCAACCAUUAUAUCGACUGUUAAAAUUAUCAUCCGCGAGAUCAUUCAGGAUUAAACGUACUUGUGCCUUGAAAGUGAAACUUUGCUUCCUGUUUAAUAGCGUAUCCGAAGCUGCUGAACUGAAACCUAAGUGGCCUAAGUGCAGCUCGUCACGCCAUAACGCGGCAAGUCACAGUGCCAAUACAAAAGCUAUAUCGUCGGUGUAUAUUUUUUCAACAAAAAAAAACAGAAAAAAAAAUCGCAUGGAAUUGCACGAAGGUUCCACGCUAAUACUGUAGACUAGAUUAAGUCCAAAGGUGUGCACAGUAGGAAUGAUCUAUUUUGUUCGUUUAUCCGAUGCUAGUUAACUGCAACUAUCAGUAAUAGUCGUGGUGAGUUUCCAAACAAUAUUGCAGUUCAUUUCGAAUACAUUACGUACUGUUCUAAUCAUAUGAAAUGGACGACUGUUGAAAAAUUGCAUGAUCAUAUGUAUAAAUAUUAUUCUAUUUUUGUAUAAUUCUCAGAUACUUUUCAAUGUAAAUUUCAAAACUAGAAAAAAAUAAGCGAUAGCACUGAUAUAAAUUAUUCUUACUUGUUUAUCAUUAAACCAUGGAAAUCACAAACAAAAUCUGUAUUCAUUCAAAACUCUGUUGCACGCGAAAAGUAUAUAUAUAUAGAAUUCAACCUGUAACAUAUAAAUCAGUCAUUGAUGAGAUAAACAGUGAGUAGCAUCGAUUUAAAAGUCACACAAACGUACAGAAAUAACGUGGGAUGUAUUUCAGACGCGACACCUUGUUAUGGUUGUAUGUAAAUGUAAAAAGUGUAUAAAAUAUUGUGAAAUUAGUUACAUUAUUCCGGGUUCUCUGGCAAUCUCAAGAGGCACUCUAAACCGCUGUAUCAUCGAUCGCAAUCGAUCGUUACGUUCGGCACAAUUACGUGAUACUAAUAUAGGUACACGUACCGACAAACCUUUAUCAUAACGCUGAUCAAUUCAUUCCCAGUAUUUUAUACCCCGAGACCUAACUUCCGUCAUCGUUCCGUAACGCUAAGGUAUUCAUUAACAACAAUGUACGUCAUACUCCAUAAACGAAUUAGCCAUAAGUCAGCGCAUAAAUCCUAAAUGUGUAUUUUUCGUUGGAAAAGUAAAAAGUGUAAUGUUAUAAUA